AUGGUCGCUGAAGAAUUGAUAAAGCAGGGGCAUCAAAUCAAAAUGGAGGAACAAGAUUCCUCAGUCCCUGAACCAGGGGAACAAAGGGAAAAAGCAGAUUGUCUCAAAACAGAGGGGGCUGGUGAGAUGUUAUCUGGGGAAUCUCUACAGCUCAUGAAGCAAGAGCCACCGGAAGAGCCAUCCCGAAACUGGGAUGCCCAGUUGCAGGAAUUCCUGAAGACACUUCAGGCUUCUUGUUCUCAAGGGAACGGCCCACAGCUACCUGAACCGAGGCAGCAGAAUGAUAGCAGAACAUCUCCAGAGCCUUCCGAAGGAGUAACGGAGGCCACCAAGUGGCCCAGUGGAUUGUGGGCUUCCCAACCCCAGCCGAUUCCCAUUGGAGGUGUAAAGCAGGACCAGCAGCCCACGUGCCGCGGGAAGGAGAAGAAGAGAGUCCUAACUGGAGAUGCCAUUGGGGCAGAGGUGCAGCGGCAGCAUUUCAGGAAACUAUGCUAUCAAGAAGCCGAGGGCCCUCGAGAGACUUGCAGGCAGCUUCUGGAGCUUUGCCAUCAGUGGCUGAAGCCCAAGAAACACACCAAGGAGCAGAUCCUGGACCUCCUGACUCUGGAGCAGUUCAUGGCUGUCCUGCCACCAGAGAUGCAAUGCUGGGUCAGGGAAAGUGAUCCACAGAACUGCACCCAGGCAGUGAGCCUGGCGGAGAAUUUCCUUCAGGUACAGCAAGGUGUCAAAGGCUGGGAAUGGCAGAUUAAGGGUUCAUCAGAAGAGGUGUUUGUAAAUCUACCCAAGACAAGCAAGGAAUUGCCAGAUGCAGCAAAGAAGCCACGUUUCACCGAAGCCGAGCAGUGUGUUGAUGGAAGCACAAAUGUUUCAGGCAAUGGGUGGCCAAGUGAAAAUGAUGAGCAGAAGCCUUUCCUGAAGAGCCCUGAGGAAGAGGAACCAGAGAAAAUGUCCUUGGAAACAGCCAAAGAGAACAAUACCCCAUGUGGUGGAGAAAGCGAUGAGAAUCAGUGCAGGGCAGACAGGCAGAACAGAAACGACAAGAAAGAAGUGGCAGAGCCUGUUUUUUCUGAAGGCACUUGCAAACGUCUCAAUGAAGCCAUAGUCCAGCAGCAGGGAAAUGAAGUGAAAGGUGAAGCGUACAAGGAAAGCUUGACUCAAAACUUGCACCAUCUUACAGGCGAGAGCAACCAUACGGGAGAGAAACCAUACAAGUGCUGGCACUGCGGCCAGAGUUUUGCUAGCAGCUCCGAUCUUAUGUCCCACGAGAGAAUUCAUGUGGGGGAGAAACUGUAUAAAUGUGCCCACUGUGGAGAAAGUGAGAGAACCCACACGGGGCAGAAGCCGCAUAAAUGCUCAUACUGUGGGACUACCUUUGGGUGGGGAAUCCAUGCUGGUGAGAAGCCUCAUACCUGCUCGGAGUGUGGGGAAAGUUACAAUCAGAGAUCGGAGCUUCUUAAACACCAGAGGACUCACGUGAGGGCGAAACCUUACAAAUGCGAUGUGUGUGGGAAAAACAUUGCAAGCAUCUCAAGCCUCAACGUCCACCAGAGAAUCCACACAGGUGAGAAACCAUACAAAUGCUCGCAAUGUGGAAAAUGUUUCCGUUCAAGCUCUUACUGCACGAUGCACAAGAGAAUCCACAAAUCAUUGUGCUCAUACUGUGGGAAAAGCUUCAAUCAAAAGUCGGACCUCGCCGAGCACGAGCGAACCCAUGCGCCAAAGGAGGCGUUGGCAUGCUUUGCCUGUGGGAAAGCUUUCAGUGUCAGUGCGGAACUGGUUGCACAUGUCCGGAACCACAAAGAGUCACCUUUUGAAUGCUCGGUCUGUGGGAAGACCUACCAGAACAGUUUGCAAUGGGCCGCUCAUCAGAAAGUCCAUUAG